AUGAGUUCCAUGAACUCGCGCUUCAAAGGCCUUGGAUUCGGCUCCAAACGCAAAUCGGGCUCCAACGCCCCGACCAUCGCACAGAACCCUGGUGGGGGACCCAACUCCUCCUCAGCGCCACAGAUACGACCCAUCUCCGCGUCAGCAACCUCGUCCUCGUCCAGCCUUCCCAUGAAUCACUCAGGAGCAGGUGGGCGACCGCCCAGCUAUACCAAUAAUACCUAUCCGCCAGCGCCGACUGGCAUCAACGGGGCCCGCACCACGAGCCCUAUGGCGCAACACCCAAGAACUCCUCCGUCGCAGGUCAUGGGCGGUCCGCCUCCUAUCAACACAGCGUCGACAGGUAACUACCCUCCUCCGGGACAUCCUGCAGGCAUGGGAGCACCUCAGCAGGCUGCCGGACCGCCGGGAUACGGUCCACCGCAGUAUGGCGCUCAGUUUCCUCCCGGCGCGAAUAGCAUGGCCGCGGCCCAGUAUGCCAACAGAAACAAUGCAGUGGAGGUGGAGGGAGCCGGCAGAAGCAAGGCGCAACUGAUUGUGGGCAUCGACUUUGGAACUACAUUUUCCGGUGUCGCAUUCGCCUUUGCAACAAAUACCGAAGCCAAGGAAGAUAUCAUUACAGAAUGGCCCGGUGCUGGAUCGUACACGAAGCAGAAGAUUCCGACGGUUCUGUACUACGAUCAAUACCAGAAGGUUGUCGGAUGGGGACCUGAUAUCGCAGAUGCGCUGGCUCCGACCGGCUAUCCCAAGCCAGGAGUGCAGAAGGUGGAAUGGUUCAAACUCCAACUCAUGCUUUCCGGAAACACCUACAUCGAUCCGAUCAACCUUCCGCCCCUUCCACCCGGAAAGUCCGAAAUCGACGUGGCGGCCGAUUACCUCUUCAAGCUCCGACAAGCGAUGCGGAUUCAGCUGCAAAAAACCCUCGGAGAGGUAUUCAACAGAGAAGAGCGGAACAUCAGAUAUUACCUUACAGUACCUGCGAUCUGGAAUGACGCGGGCAAGGCGGCGACGCGAGCUGCUGCUAUCCAAGCGGGUUUUCUCCGCGAUGAGAAUGACAACCGACUGACCCUCAUCACUGAACCAGAAGCUGCCGCGCUGUUCUGCUCGAAAGCUGGACUCUUGAACCUCAAGGUCCACGACGCUGUGCUUAUUGUUGAUUGCGGUGGUGGAACUGUGGAUUUGAUCGCUUACGAGGUCGAAGAGGAGUCUCCCUUCACGGUCUCCGAGUGUACCGCCGGCUCUGGCGAUUCUUGCGGGUCGACAGCGCUCAACCGAAAUUUCAGUAACAUUCUGCGAACGAAAAUCCGAAAGAUGAAGCUGCCAGACGGAUCAAAGACGGCUGGCCGAGUCUACGCGAAGUGUAUCAUGGAUUUUGAGAACAGAAUCAAGGCUGAUUUCCGAAACAACAAUCAGAAGUGGGCCGUUGAUGUAGGUAUCGAGGCAGAGUUCCCCGAAGCCGGUAUUGAAGAAGGAUACAUGACUUUCACCAACGAGGAGAUCCUGCAAUGUUUCGAGCCGGUGGUGAACCGAAUAUUGGAGCUGGUCCGAAACCAGAUCAUCGCCAUUCAAGCGCAAAACAGAACUCUCCAAAACGUUCUGGUGGUCGGUGGUUUUGGUGCUUCCGAAUACCUCUUCCAACAGAUCAAGCUUCACGUUCCACCUCAAUUCCAGGCCAAGGUGGUGAGACCCAUGGACUCCGUCGCUGCCAUUGUCAAGGGUGCUGUGACCGCUGGUAUCACCGAGCGAGUCGUCACGUCCCGUGUCGCUCGUCGGCAUUACCUCAUGGCAACUCUCCAACCUUUCAAAGAGGGACACCACCCCGAAGCUUACCGCGUUCCAUCCUUGGAUGGCAAGGACCGAUGCAAGUUUACUCGACAGAUUUUCGUGCAGAAGGGACAGAGAGUGAAGAUUGGAGAGCCUGUCAAGGUCUCUUUCUUCAGACAAGUUGCCCCGGGCGCCACUCUCAUGUACGAGGAUAUCUUGUAUGCUUGUGACGACGAUGUUUGCCCGGAGUACACCAAGGAUCCCCGAGUCAAGGAAGUCGUCACGCUUACGUCAGACCUCUCACGCAAGAACCUCGAGAAGGACUUCGAGAGGAUGGAUACACCGCAAGGAACGUUCUACCGUGUAUACUUCGACAUCUACCUGACGCUCGACGGAUCCGAGUUCAACGCCGAGCUGGUCUGCCAGGGCGAGGUCAUGGGACGAUGCACAUCUCGAUUCAAUUUGCCCCUGCAGCCCCAAUGCGAUAUUGAUGGUCGGGGGGAUUGGCGAGGCAUGUUUGAGAUGUGUUGUUGGCAUAGGAUGCAGUUAGUGCAGAGGGAGCAAGAAGGGAAAGCAUGGGUCAGAUGGAAGGGAGAUGGGGUAAAGGGCUAUGGGCCAGGCGCGGUUACCCACAUGUGUCGAUCUCUGUGGGUUCUCUAUUUUAGAGGGAUAAUGAGGGUGGCAGCGAUGUCGGCCAAUGUGCCGCCUUGA